AGAUUGUACAUACUGAGAGCUGAAGCUUGUUCUGCAGUCGCCAUGUUCACUCGUUACCUCCUCAGCGCUCUCAUCGCGGGUGCCGCAGCAUCGCCUGUUGUGGAUUCCCAUCAGCGACGACAGGCGAUCCCUGUUGGGAGCACCAUCUUCAGCUGCACCACCGAGAACACAAUCGCCUUGACCUUUGAUGAUGGCCCCUUUGCUUACACUAAUCAGCUACUAGACACGCUCGCUGAGGCUGGCAUCAAGGCUACGUUCUUUAUUAAUGGAGACAAUUGGGCCUCCAUCUACUCAUACACAUCAACUGUCCAUCGUAUGAUUGCUGAUGGACAUCAAAUCGGCUCACACACCUGGGAUCAUCCGGACCUUACGAACUUGGGCUCCUCCGAAGUGGAGUCGCAGAUGACCCGGCUCGAGUCGGCGUUACUCGACAUCCUGGGCUAUUUCCCAACCUACAUGCGACCUCCAUUCUUCAGCUACAACGACCAGGUCGUGCAGACCGUCGGAUCUCUGGGCUACCACGUCAUCAUCGCGGACAUCGAUACACUCGACUGGGAGAAUGACUCACCCGAUGCCAUCAGUGAGAGUAUUCGGCUCUUCAAUGCUGACCUUGACGCGGGUGGUUCCAUCGCGCUUGCUCACGAUGUGCACGAGCAGACUGUUGUCUCUUUGGCACCGGCAAUGAUUGCCUCCGUUCGAGAACGUGGAUUGCGAGCUGUUACCGUGGGAGAGUGCCUUGACGACCCCCAAGACAAUUGGUAUCGGACAUCUCGUUAAAAUUAUUGAUGGGAAGGAGAGGUAUCUUAGUUUCCUUGUUCGGUAUUGUUUGCUUUCAUUGUUCUCCGUCUGUGCUUAGUAGGAUUUAUCUUGGGAAACCAAUUAUUGCGGAGCACGCAGUAUCGUGUUAGUAGUGCCAAAGGUCUUCACAAAGCAGGAUGUAAUGACGGCGGAGAAGCAUCUAUCAAUC